AUGACCCUUGUCCGAGUACAAACAGGUCGAUCCUACCUGCUGACUCUAACUUCGCAGGUCGAGUACUGUAACGCAAACAGCAUCGACUUCCUGGCUAUCAAUGGCGGGCACGGCCUGUCCGCAUCGCUUGGCACAUUCAACGGCAUCCAGAUCAGCAUGCGGCAGCUCGACAACAUUGACAUCCAACCCAGUAACAAGUCGGCCUGGUUCGGCGGCGGUACCAUCGUGGGCCAAGUAAUACAAACUCUCUGGGAUAAGGGUUUCGUCACCACUACCGGCGGGUGUGACUGUGUCGGCAUGCUCGGCGCCAGUCUUGGGGGUGGCCACGGCCGUUAUGAAGGCUUGUACGGCAUGAUCAGCGACAACAUGCUGCAGCUCAACGUUGUCUUGGCAAACGGUUCGGCCAUUCGCGUCAACGCGACGAGCCACAGCGACCUUUUUUGGGCCAUGAGAGGUGCUGGACACAACUUCGGCAUCGUCACGAGCUACGAAAUGAACAUCUGGCCCUCGAGCCCCAAGACCUGGCACUACCACAACUACGUUUGGCGUGGCGAGCACCUGGAGCUCGUAUUUGAUGCUCUCAACAAGUUUCACAACAACGGUUCGACGCCCGUCAACAUGGCCUUCAACUCUGGGAGCUUUGCUAUGAACACCACCAUAACCAACGAAGAGCCCAUCAUCAUGUGGUCAUUCGCCUACCGCGGACCUGCUGAGGAAGCUGAGAGACACCUCGCCCCUUUCAAUGCCAUAGAGGCGCCGGCUAUUCCGACCCAAUCUGCCUGCCAGCAUGGCAGCGUGCACAGCACGUCGACCGCAGGCCUGCAGGUGUACAACCUGACGGCAGAGCGUCUUAUUUGCGACGGAUUCAAGCGGCGCGUAGCCCAAGAUGCGGACCUUGCGGCCGGGACGGUGAUCAUUCACGAAGGCUACUCGACCGAGGGAGUUGACGCCGUCGACCCCGACAGCUCGGCAUAUCCGUUCCGCGCCGAUUACCACCUGAUGCUUUUCGACGCCGCCGUGCCGCAUGGACAACCGGCCCGUCAAGAAGCGGCCUGGGCCUGGGCCGCCGAGGUGCGCGACAAGUGGAACGAGGGCCAGCCGAACCGGGCUGUACACGCCUAUGUCAACUAUGCCACCGGCAUGGAGACUCUCGAAGAACGGUACGGCCAUGAUCGCUGGCGCCUAGAGAAGCUGAGGGACCUCAAAGCGCGCUACGACCCGAAAACCCGCUUUCGCUACUACAACCCCAUCGUCGUCGACUCACCCCAACACCGCCAGGGCAUGACGCAGGUGCGCAAGGCCAUGCACCACUUCGCCGCAGUAGCAGAGGCCAAUGUUAAUAGAUCUAGUCUUAUUAUCUCGGCCACAUUGGAGGCGCCCCAGAUCCUUGUCGACACCGUCAACCGAGACAUAGUCACGUGGCGGACCAUUUUUGACGAGGGAUCAUUGGUCAUCACCACCGAGGAUGCGGACAGAGGAAGACCCCGAUCAACGAAUGGUCCCAUAUACUGGAGUGUGAGCUGGGAGAUGGAGAUCAAGGCCCAAACCAAGGACGGUACAAUCCACUUCGAUCCCCAGGCAGCAGACGAAGAGAUGGCUGGCACCACUCAGAACAUCAGAAGCGAGAUGAUCCAGUCCCGCGUGUCGAAGCAGCUCAACAUCUUUAAGGCGACCCUGAAGCAGGGAUUCGAGGGCCAGUUCAAGUUCACCUACCCCGGUUACGGCCAACCCCCCGUCGCCUUCUCCGUCAAGGGCACCAACACGACCGAGACGACGCAGUACUUCUCUCAGGUGAAAGAUGGGCUUGGUGAUUUGAUAUGA